AUGGGCGGCCGUACUGCGGCAGGAUACUCUGCUACCUACUCGCUGGACUCAGAUACGCAGGAUUUGAUAUUGUCUGGUCCGGAUGACUACGUCCCCAUAGACUAUCAUCCCGUCGAGAUCGGCGAGCGAUUCCAUGAUGGUCGAUAUCGAGUCGUCCGUAAGUUGGGAUGGGGAGGCUUCAGCACGGUCUGGUUGGCUUAUGACCAACAGGUCGAUCGACAUGUGGCCGUUAAAGUGGCCAAAUCGCCAAAAAUAUGCGCCGAGAAGGAAAUCAAACACCAGCAACACGCCGCCUCUGCUAAUCCGUCUCAUCCAGGGCAUGCCAAUGUGGUCAGGCUGCUCGACCACUUCACCCACGAGGGUCCAAAUGGCACGCAUACCUGUAUGCUCUUUGAGCCCCUGGGCGAAAACCUCGCAGCGCUCAGUCAGCGUUUCGGCCGGUACGGGAUGCCCGCGCCACUCGUCCGGCAGAUCGGACGGGAACUCUUGCGCGGCCUGGACUACCUCCAUCGCGAAUGCGGGAUCGUUCAUACUGACCUCAAAUCCGCAAACGUCGUCGUCAGCAUCCCCGACGUGGAGAAGCUCAUCCGCGCCGAGCUGGACGACCCUCAAAAAAGCGAGUACGGCACCAAGACCUCGUGUCCCUUGCGUGCCCCCCACAUCCAGACCACUCGCCCUGAAAACAACGAGCAGCCUGACUAUAGCUCCAUCUCCGUCAAGCUUUGCGACUUCGGAAACGCCACUUCUUUGGCCACCGGGAAUGCAAACUUCUGGAUCCAAACCGCUGCGUAUCGCAGUCCCGAGGUCAUCAUCGAGGCUCCUUGGGAUCAUCGAGUGGACAUUUGGAGUCUCGGUUGCCUGAUUUUUGAGCUCUUGGCCGGAAGCCACCUCUUCCACACUACGGCUGACUAUAACCGGGAUUAUCAUCUUAAUCAGAUCGUCGACUUGCUGGGCGAGUUUCCGCUCCACAUGAUCACGGCCGGGAAUUACAUUCCUAUGCACAUCUUUGAUAUGCAGAUCAUAAAAAAGAAGCAGAAAAUGGAGGAUUGGUGUCUCCGAGAGAUGAUGUUGAUGAACCUGUUCGAAAGCGAGAUCAUCGGGUGCUUGGAAUCGAUCUUGAUAGUCGAUCCUGCCGAGCGACCCGAGGCAAGGCAAAUCCUCGACGACCCAGACAACUGGUUGGGCCCCAAUAAAACAAAGUGA